AUGGCGCAGAUCAUCGACGGCAAGGCCAUCGCCGCCGACGUCCGCCGCGAGGUCGCCGUCGAUGUGGCCGCGCUCUCCUCGGCCCACGGAAUCGUGCCGGGGCUGGCCGUGGUCAUCGUGGGGAGCAGGAAGGACUCGCAGACGUACGUGAACAUGAAGCGCAAGGCGUGCGCCGAGGUCGGCGUCUGCUCCAUCGACGUCGACCUCCCCGAGGACAUCUCCGAGCCCGCGCUCGUCGCCGAGGUUCAUCGCCUCAACGCCGACCCCGCCGUGCACGGAAUCCUCGUCCAGCUUCCACUGCCUAAGCAUAUCAAUGAAGAAAAGAUACUGAGUGAGAUAAGCAUUGAGAAAGACGUCGAUGGGUUUCAUCCUCUCAAUAUUGGCAAGCUUGCAAUGAAAGGCAGAGAGCCACUGUUCGUACCAUGUACGCCAAAGGGAUGCAUGGAGCUCUUGUCAAGGAGCGGAGUCACUGUUAAAGGUAAACGGGCAGUUGUGGUUGGUCGCAGCAACAUUGUCGGGCUACCUGUAUCCCUGCUCCUUCUGAAGGCAGAUGCGACUGUAUCUAUUGUGCACUCACGGACCCCGGAUCCAGAAAGCAUUGUGCGCGAAGCUGACAUAGUCAUUGCAGCAGCUGGUCAGGCUAUGAUGAUCAAAGGGGAUUGGAUCAAGCCAGGUGCUGCGGUUAUCGAUGUUGGGACAAACUCUGUUGAUGACCCUACCCGGAAGUCUGGGUACCGACUCGUCGGUGAUGUAGAUUUUGCAGCGGUGAGCAAGGUUGCUGGUUACCUAACUCCAGUUCCAGGAGGUGUUGGCCCAAUGACGGUUGCAAUGCUGCUGAAGAACACGGUGGAUGGGGCAAAGCGGGGAAUAGUCGAGUAG